AUGUCUUUCUUCUCUCGUCGCCGUUUCAGCAAAUCCGACCGUGACCGCGAUCGCUCUCACGACCGCAACUCUCACCCCUCUAUCUCCAACCCGCAAAUGCCCCAAUCGCCGCCCACAUCUUACGCCUUUGCAAACGGUGGCACUGCUGGCUCUUCGCACCACGGCUCUCGACCUGCCUCAUCCACCGCAAUGUCUGACGCCUCUUACGACUUUGCAGCAACCGGCGCUCACCAACAAUCAAUUAGCAACGCCGGCGUGGCCCCCGCGGUGAACCCAACCAACACUUCCCAUCGCUACGCGCACGGCAGCGCCGGCAGUCAGCCUACAUCAGCCACCGCCGGCACGGCAGGUCAUGCCGGCAGUACUGUUGGUACAUCACCGGCAACCAGCCGUCCGCUUUCACACGCCAACCCUUUCCCAUCCAGCAACACCAACGUUGCCAGCGGUCAUGGCAGCCUCUCCCGCACCGACCAGAUCAUUCUAGGGUACUUCUGGCAGAGCAAAGCGGCCGAGAAUGCCGCUCGUGAUCUGCACUACCUACGUUUCCCUGCCUUUGGCUCCAACCCUGGCAUGCGUGAACUGGUGCCGUUCUGCGAAAUUUACAGUCUCGUCAAGAGCAGUCCGGGCGCCAAGGUUGUAGGGUUGGGAACUAUGGGCGGCUCUUUGGGAGGUGGCAUGGGCGGCGCGGCGGAGACGUUUAUUGGAUUCGAGCUCCACGCCAACGCCCAACUCCACAUCGAUAUGGACGAUACCUGGGACUCGACGCACAUCACGCACCAUCGCGUGUCCUUUAGGCCGUACGAAUCACUGCUGCGCGACCCUACCGCCGACGCCACGAUUCGCAGCUGGCCUAAGCCGCUGACCAUCGAGUUCCUCGAGGAGCAGUGGCAGGAGCACUGGAAGGAGGAUCUUUCGGGACUGUGCUGGGAGGGGAGAGAGGUUAGGGAAUUGGGUGGUGGCGCCGGCGGAGUCGGUGUGGCUCAGGGCGUCGGGGAUGAAGAUGGGGAAAGGGAUGUGCUGUGA